AUGCUUGUGGUUGGCAAUUGGAAACCAUUUGGAGUCAUCCCAUUCUACCUCAUUGCACCUAUUCCACUUGUAUUGGCGAUAAAUUCACAAUGUGAGAGGGAGAGUGCUGUGUGGAGUGUGCUGCUCUUUAUUCACACUGCCCUCGUUGCGUCUUGUUUCGCACUCCCAAUCGUCCUAGCCCACGCUCCUCUCUCGGCCCCUUUGAUAAAUUGGAGUGCAUGUGGCUUAACCUUAACUGGGAACCUAAUCGUUUUUGCCGCCCUGUACACUGCUGCUCGCCUGUGCGUUAAUGGCCAAUAA